GAACUUUCGCCGAUCGAAUAUCCCACCUCACGGCGGAUUGCGCAGCGCUCCAGACCAAGAAUCAUGAGAGAGAUAGACUGAUUCCUGGCGCCGACGAUGGACACCAGCGACCAACCUUCAGCGCCGGAGCAAAUAAGUUCAACAGUUAUUCCGAUUGCGCAGCUUUCCCCUGACGUUGAUCGCCUUCAGCAUAGCUCUAUUCAUGCUGUCGUAACGCUUCUAUGGCCCUACUCGUCGUUUUCCAGAUCCCUGACUCUCCUCCUAGCGGAGCCCGAUUUUCGCCUUCGUCGAUCGAAUGGACAAGCAAAAGUAUGCUUCCACGGAGAUGUCGCGGAGGAGGUGGCUCGAACUCAUAUUGGUAUUGGUGAUACUGUGAACCUGAAACUUUCCGAAUCAAGGUUUGCGAAGAACGAUGCGGCGGCCCAAACACCUGGUAAAGGUGUUUCAUGGGAUGUGCACUUCGAUACCUCCGCGUUUCUUGAGGUCUGGCGCGACUCCAAGCUCCUGUCAACGGUCAACCUCAACCGCCCCCGGCUUACACCCUCGCCCACGAAUAACGUAGCGGAGUUCCCUAGCACACCUGCUCCAAGUACACCUGUUCCCAAUGGCGUUACCGACGCAUCCGGACCCCUUGGUUCAACAUCAUGGCAAUCUCCAGCCUUUCUAGGGCGAUCUCGAGCUUCGUUUCGUUUCACCGAUCCCGCCAUUGAUCCUUUUGUGGAAGAAGAUGGGACCGUCCCUGGGAAAGGAAGGAAACGACCAAGAUUCAGUAUGCGGAGCAACGAAUGGCGCGUGAUUGAUGAACCAGAGAGCCCUAGAGACAAAGAUUUACCGGAGGAUUGGAUGGCUAUAUUUGAUGAAGACUUGGCGGACGGGUCGGAUAUUGGGGAUGAAGCCGUUGCGCAAGACACCGAGGAUAACGCGAUCCCACCCUCAGAAGCUGUUCCGGAAAGUGCUUCAGCGGUAGAUACCGAUGUCCCCAUGGAGGACGUUCGACCGAAUACCUCAGCCUCCAUACCACAUGGACUUCCUGAUCAGGACGACGUCCAAUUUAUCCGCCCUGGCUUUGCUCCGAGCAACAUUCCUGCGCCCACCAAGCCGGGCGAUUUAGACCAUGGUCUCCAUCUCCCAACCGACACGCCUCGCCUCCACCCAGUUCCCUCUCCUGGACUCCCAUUCCCGUCCCCGAUUACUACAACAUCGAAUACCCCAGUCGGAUAUUUUACAACAGCGAUUGAUACUGCCGCGGCGGCCGAGUCCGUUAUACCUGCUGAGCCUGCGCCCGUGGAGACAUCCGAACUAGAUAAUUCUCCCCCUCCGCCGCAAGACCUGACCGAUACCGAACCGAUACGUGUACAUGAGGAUGAUGCGGUGACUGUAUACACCGAUGACGUUCAAAUAGUUCCCGACUCAGUGACAGAGUCUAGCCCUCUACCAGGUGACAGGGUUGCUACAAGCGUGGUUAUAGAUGACGAAGAAAAGAGUGAAAUGGAAGAGACAUCGCAACGCGCUGCGUUAGGUUUUGCAGAAACAAUCGCAACUGGGGCUCAAAUAGAGGGCUCAGGAUCUGAAUUGGAGGAAUAUUCCGAAAGAGAACAAAGCGAAGAGGCAGAGAGCAUUCAUUCUCGGAGCUCAGGGCGGGAGGAAUAUCGGACGAGUGCGGAACGACUGGAUCAAGAACCGGGAGACGAAAGUGACGAAAUUUCUGCGACAGGGAUCGACAAUGAGAAAGUUGAGACGGAGCUCAAACGGGUAUCUAAACAAGAGAGGCCUCACCUUGUCGAAAGCCAGACGUCCUCUCCAAGGCAAAGCAAAGAUGUAUCUGAGGAGCGUGACGAUUCUGCUGUAUACGAUGUAGGGGACGGAAUGAGCAACUACGAUGAGGAUGCAAGUGAUCAGGCCUCGUACGAAGAAGACUACGAGGACGACGAACAAGAACGGCGCUCGGGCGAAUACAGCUACUCGGAGUCUGAAGUCGAGUCAGAACACGAAGAGCAACCUCCCGCACAAUUUACACCGAAGAACGCAGAACCAGAAAUCAUUGUUCUAGACAGUGACAGCGAGGAUGAGUUAGCUGCUCCACGUCCCGUUGAACCAACUAGUCGAGAGGCGGUCGAAUACUCAGAUGAGGGCUCAUAUGACUCCGAGAACCAAAGUCGAUUCGAGGAAGAAAUACAUGAUGAAGAAGAUGCAUACAGCGAUGAGAUCGAAGAGGAUGAGGACGAGUAUGCUUAUGGCCAAGGAGCAGAGGAUGCCAUGGAUGAUGAUUUAGAAAGCGGGAUUGAAAACCAGGAGGAUAAUCAGCACUUGGUGGAUGAGCGAUUUGAACCUAGUUGGCGCCCUGAGCCAGAGCAGGUGGACGAAGACAUGCAUGGCCAUGGUCUCGCAGAGCAUAAAUUCGAAGAAACGCAGGAACAUCUCGACAUAGGAACGGGGGCGCUACCUGCUGAACCGUCAUUGCACCCCGAGCAGAGUUUAGCGUCCAACGAGUUCGUUGAGUCGCAUGAAUACCUUGAAGAUUUCCAGCCGGCCCCCGACUACUCGCAUGGGCCAAACCAUGACUCUCUUGAUUAUCUCGCCGCAGUCUCGGAAUCCGCUGAACGCGUCCAUGCUACUGCUGAACAUGCUCAUUCUGGUUAUGCUAUGGCAAUUGAUCCUACUCUUAGGGAGCCACAAUAUAACCUAGCGGUGGAUGCCGAUGCACAGCUCUAUUCUAAGGAGCACCCAGCUGAUAGUAAUACGGACACUGGCCAGGAGCCACCCCAAAGCAUAUUGGAGAGAAACAUGGCUUUCCGACUGGACGGCGCUGCACCGUCGGCAAUUAUUGCUACGUCUACAGAGGAAACUGGAUAUAUGCCCGCUCAACAAGAUAGGGCGCAAUUGAUGACUUCGGGAGCUUCUCAGCCGGUGGAAGCUGACCAACCCGAAGCUGGUCCAACUGAAACUUUGGGUGAAAUGUUACCAACUCCAGGUUUAACCCAGGAAGCCCUAGCAAAACUGGAAACUGAAGAGCCACCACACACCCCAGCAGGAGUCAGAGAGUCCUCUGACAUUUCAGAAAACCGAAGUGCUUCGCCCAUUGUAGCUGUCAAGUCAGAUAAUGCUCCUGAUACCAUCAAAGUUGAAGAAAAUGAGCCUGCGCCACCCGAGAUUGUCUCCGAGAUUGCGUUACCCGCGUCGCCUGAUGAAGACCAAAAGCUUCAAGCCAGCAUCGAGGUUGAUCAGCAGUUUGAGGAUGCCGUCAGUGGUGCGGAUGAUGUUUCAGUAGACCGCCAUUAUCCCGGCCUGCGAAGCAAGCUCUCCUAUUUUGCACCUCUCGCCACGCUUAUUGACCACUACAACGCGCUGGUGGACACAAUCUCCGUCGCUGCCGAAGUUGGGCCCCCAAUUAAAGCAGCGACAGGAAAGAAGGACUUUAUCUUGAAUCUCCAACUCACUGACCAAUCCAUGGCUGGUACCACCGUCUUCGCUCAAAUAUUAAGACCGUACAAGUCUGCCUUACCAUCUCUCCAAGAGAGCGACGCCAUCCUCCUUCGAAACUUCCGCGUGAAAACCCUCGACCACUCCGUCAUACUCGUUAGCGACAGCACCAGCGCGUGGGCUGUUUUCUCUCCAUCCUCCGAAGAUGCAGAGAUGACCGGCCCGCCUGUUGAAUACGGUGCCGAAGAAAAAGAAUUCGCUACUGACCUGCGCCAAUGGUACGUAGAAGACGGGUUGGCCAUGGUAGCGGAUAACCAACUUCAGGCAUCCGUGGGCAGGGAAAGCGAUAUCGAAACACCGACUAGUAGCGCUGCACAAAGCGAUGCCGAAAGUAUUGAUUUCGCUUUACGCGAGGGAAGAGGGGAUACGUCUUCUAGUCGAGGUUCGAGACGGAGAAAGUCCCACCGACGGAUCACGAUCCAUGAAUUGAGGGAUGGCCGACGAUAUACGGAGGUCGGGUCUUCGCCUGGAAAUAGCAGCAUUCAUGAACUUCGGGAUGGGACGGUUUAUGCCAAUAUGUGAGCGUUUUUGUGAUUCUAUGUGAUACUUUUAUUUCGGAGUUGGGAGAUAAUGGCUUACUGGUUUAUUUGGAUCUGUUGAAAUACCACACUGCACAGUUGGUUAGAG